AUGUCGAGAUCGAUGUGGAAUAGUUCGACCAAUCACGACCGCGAUCGUGAUUUUGAACCAUGGCCAGCAAAGUUAAAGCAGGAGAAGAAAUAUACUUCAUUUGGUUUCCACAUCAAGGGUGUUCAGACAAAGUGGCUCCAAAACUACAAAUACUACCGACGCAUCAGGCUGUUUGUUUCAUCUUCAGUUUCACAAACCUCGUCUUUACUGAUUUCCUCUGCAACUCCUCCCUCCUCUGUUCUCAUGGAUAUAAUUACUGUCCUUUUUCAUCUUGUACUGCUGCUAAGUCUUCCUACUGUUUCGAUAGCCCUCAUCAAACGUAGCAUCCAAACAGAUCAAUCGGCAUUGUUUGCCUUAAAAUCCCAACUGUUCGAUUCUUCGAAUUUACUGAGGAAAAAUUGGACUGCAAAUGUGUCAGUGUGCAACUGGAUUGGAGUGACAUGCUCCUCUCGCCACCAUAGAGUUGUCUCCUUGAAUCUCUCUUACUUGGGCCUUCAAGGUAGCAUCCCACCAGAGAUAGGAAACCUCUCUUUUCUCAAUUCUAUUGACCUCAGUGGCAACAAUUUCCAUGGAAAUUUGCCCAUGGAAGAACCAAUGGUGCAUUUACACAGACUCAAAUAUAUUAGUCUUGCCUUCAAUAAGUUUGGUGGAGAGGUUCCUUCGUGGUUCGGUUCUCUGCCUAACCUUCGAGUCCUGGAUUUGUCAAAUAACAGCUUCACAGGUGCCAUUCCGAUUUCCCUAUUUAAUGCAUCAAAGUUGGAGUCCAUAAGUAUCAUGUUCAAUAAAUUGCAAGGAAAUGUUCCCCAAGAAAUUGGCAAUCUUGUCAACUUGAAGAUCUUUAGAAUGGCAAAGAACCAGCUUACAGGGUUUGUACCAUUAACCCUUUUCAACAUCUCGUCCCUGCAAAUAGUCAAUUUGACAAAUAACUUGCUAUCUGGCAACCUUCCGGUGAACCUGUGCUCUAAGCUUUCAGGACUUCAAGGCUUUGACAUAUCCUAUAACACAUUAUCAGGCCAAAUUCUGUCACGGUUCGACAACUGCUCAGAACUUGAAGAACUCUCAUUGAACAACAAUUAUUUAAGCGGAAAACUACCAAGAGAGAUUGGAAACUUAACCAUGCUAAAGCUUUUGGGUUUGGGUCAGAACAGAUUCACAGGCGGAAUUCCAGCGGAGAUUGGUAAUCUCCAGAAUUUGGAGUCUUUAGCUAUUGAUGGAUGUUCCCUUAACGGUCCAAUACCGAAAGAUAUUGGCAAUCUUCAGAAAUUGAAUAUAUUAAACUUAGCUGCUAGUGGCUUGAGUGGUGAAAUUCCAGUAACCAUGUUCAACAUCUCUGCCCUAAGAUGGAUUUUAUUGACCAUGAACGACCUUUCAGGGAGUCUUCCACCUAGCAUAGGCCGCAUGCUACCCAAUCUAGAAAGAUUGAAUGUGGCGCAUAAUGAAAUAUCUGGUGUGAUUCCUGAUUCCAUCUCAAAUAUGACUAAGCUAGUUAUUUUGGAGCUCAGCAUGAACCAUUUCACUGGUUCAAUUCCCAGAUCACUUGGCAGUUUGAAUCUCCUUGAAACUCUUAAUGUUGCAAGCAAUUAUUUAACCACAGCUUACCCCAACGAGUUAAGCAUUAUUUCAUCUUGGACGAAUCUUAAAAGUUUAAAACUUUUGAUAUUGGAUUAUGUUUCUAUUAAAGGUACUAUUCCACGUACCAUAGCCAAUUUUUCCAAUUCUCUUCAAAAAUUCCUUGUUCGUAAUUGUGAAUUAGAAGGCAGCAUUCCACCUGAGAUUGGAAAUUUUAGUAGGAUGAUAAGCCUGGAUCUUAGCAGCAAUUUCUUCAAGGGCCAACUUCCGUUGACAUUCCAAGGGUUACCGAAUCUCCAAGGAUUAGAACUUCAAAAUAAUACGAUUUCAGGGGCCAUCUCACCUAAUUUUUGCAAUCUCAGGAGUUUAACUCUAUUAGACUUGAGUCAAAAUAAAUUCUCAGGUCAACUUCCAGAAUGCUUGGGAAAUAUGUCUUCUCUGGGAAAGCUUAAUCUGUCCUCCAACGGAUUAAAUGCCACCAUACCGGCCAGCCUCUGGUACCUAAAGGAUCUUAUGUCUUUAGAUGUCCACUCAAAUGCUUUUGGUGGUUUCAUACCGCAAGAAAUUGGAAAUUUGUUGGCCGCAACAGACAUAGACUUGUCAAGGAAUAAGUUUUCAGGAAAUAUUCCGGCAUUGGUUGGAAGUCUUAAGAACUUGAUUAGUUUCACAUUGGCAGACAAUGAACUGCAAGGAUCUAUUCCUGAGAUAGUAAGAAAGAUGGUGAACUUGGAAUCAUUGGAUCUAUCUCAAAAUAAUCUCACUGGAGAGAUUCCUGCAUCAUUGGCAUCACUCUUGCAGUUGAAGCAUUUUAAUGUGUCAUUCAACCACCUGCAUGGAAAAAUUCCAGCAAAUGGUUCUUUCCUCAAUUUCACGAUUGAAUCGUUUAUGUUCAAUGAAGCAUUAUGUGGUGGCCCUCCUCAACUGGGAUUCCCUCCUUGCCCAAACAAUUCUCCUCAAGCAUCCAGGACGAAAAAAUUCCCCAGAGUUGCAUACAUCCUGUUAACAAUUGCGUUCACAGUUUUUGCAGUUAUUAUCAUCGUGUUGGUGCUCACCAUGACAAGGCGUGGAAACAGAAAUCGUGCUCAAACAAAUCCACUCCUUCCAACCACACAUGAAAGGAUUUCAUACUAUGACCUUGUACAUGCAACUAAUGAUUUUGGUGAAAGCAACUUGAUUGCAAAAGGGAGCUACGGUUCCGUUUACAAGGGAGUCCUUAGGGAUGGGAGUAUUCUGGCAAUAAAAGUUUUCAAUUUGCAAGUUGAAGGAGCAUUCAAAAGCUUCGAUGCAGAAUGUGAAGUUCUGCGUAAUAUUCGCCAUCGAAAUCUGGUAAAAGUCAUCAGCAGUUGCUCUAACCAUGAUUUUAGAGCUUUAGUCAUGGAGUACAUGCCUAAUGGAAGCCUUGAAAGGUGGUUGUAUUCUCACAACUAUUUCUUGGAUUUCCUGCAAAGGCUGAACAUAGUUAUAGAUGUAGCAACUGCACUGGAUUAUCUCCACCAUGGCUAUUCAUCACCUAUUGUCCACUGUGAUCUGAAGCCCAGCAAUGUUCUUCUGGAUCAAGACAUGACCGGUCACGUGGGUGACUUUGGCAUUGCAAAGUUACUUAGUGGAGGUGAAAGUAAAGCAAUAACAAAUACACUUGCAACAAUUGGCUACAUAGCACCAGAGUAUGGAUCUGAAGGUAAAGUGUCGAGAAAGUGUGAUGUCUAUAGCUUUGGCAUUCUGUUGAUGGAAACAUUUUCAAGGAAGAAGCCGACUGAUGAAAUGUUCACAGAAGAUUGUGGAUUGAAGGAUUGGGUAAGGCAUUUGCUUCAAAAUCCAGAACUGGAUCUAGUUGACCACAACUUGAUAACUCCCCCGGAUGAAAAUUCAACAACAAUCAUCCAAUGUAUCUUCAAAAUCAUGGAAAUGGCGGUCACAUGCACAGUGGAAUCACCAGAGGAGAGGAUUGACAUAAAAGAUGCUUUGAAUGAACUCAAAAAUAUCAAAGUUCAAUUUCUCUUCAAGUUAAGCCAUCAGAAAACCAAAUUAAAAAUGAAACUACCUUCAUCGAAUGCGGAUUCAGGAAUGGAACGUGCUGACAGGCUGCGACUUAUAAGGUGCCUAGAAGAAGGCUUGCUUGCAUGA